AUCUCCUCCACAUUCAAUGAGUUUCUAACAGGAAGUCGGUUCAGUAAAUUUGCACAUGCGCAUUGCGGUCAGUGGGCGGUAGGCAUAAUUUUCAUAAUGAUUCGUUUCAUUCUAAUCCAGAACAGAGCUGGUAAAACCCGUUUAGCCAAAUGGUACAUGCACUUUGAUGAUGAUGAAAAGCAAAAGCUGAUUGAGGAAGUGCAUGCUGUGGUUACCGUCAGAGAUGCCAAACAUACAAACUUUGUGGAGUUUCGAAACUUCAAAAUUGUGUACCGCCGCUACGCAGGCUUGUACUUUUGUAUAUGUGUUGAUGUGAGCGACAACAAUCUCGUAUACCUAGAGGCGAUCCAUAACUUUGUAGAAGUUUUGAAUGAAUACUUCCACAAUGUUUGUGAACUGGAUCUUGUGUUUAAUUUUUACAAGGUUUACAGUGUUGUUGAUGAAAUGUUCACUGCUGGAGAAAUUCGUGAGACCAGUCAGACAAAGGUUCUUAAACAACUUCUGAUGCUCUCUUCAUUGGAAUGAAAUGUCUGUUAAAGAUGAUGUUCUGCCACAGGGAUUGUGCAAGAUAGGGAAACAUUUGUUUUGGGAAAUGGAGAUUGUCUGGACAUCCCAUUUGAAACCAGUAUUAAUGGACUUUCUUGACCAACUAUGACAUCUAACAUUUUAAGUAGGUUUUAAAAUAUUAAUUUGUGUAUGUGUGUGUAUAUGUAUACACACACACACACAUAUAUGUGUAUACACACACACACACAUAUAUAUAUAUAUAGACAAAUAUAUACAUAUAAAUAUAUAUAGAUAUAUGUAUAUAUGUACACACACAUGUAUACAUAUAUAUAUAUAUAUAUAUAUAUAUAUAUAUAUAUAUAUAUAUAUAUAUA